AUGAUGGAGAAACUGAAGCUGGAGCAGGUCAGCCCUGCAGCUGGAGAUGCGGACUGUGUCUCUCCAGGACCCGACACCUCGCUUUCCUCCCCCGCGGAGGAGGAUGAGGGAGAGAUGCAGGAGAAGCAGGAAGGCACGACGACCACUUCAACCAUCACGACCAUCACGACAGGAGGUACUCCCCUCCUCCUUCUCAAUGGGGUUGUCAAGGAGACGGUGAACGGAGGCACCCGGCCAAAACAGGAAGUGGCAGUGAUCGAGUUGGCCACGAGAGGCGAUAUAAAAGGCAGGGAGCUGGAGGCGGACAUCAGCCACACAGUGCAGACCACCGAGCUACGCAGACCACCGGUUUCCCUGCCGCUGCCCCUCAGAGAUCCGACCAACGAAGUCAAGCGAAUGGUGCAGCUGAGCCCGGCCGCUUUCCACACUCUGCCCGCCCGUGCCAUGCUCUACAACAACAUGGCACAACCGCUCGCCACGCUGAACAGUGGCUUCGCCGGAGACCCUGAUCAGUAUGGCAUGUACCCCAGUAACCGGCUGAAACGCAGAGCUGCGCCAUAUGAGAUCGAGAUUAGCGAUGGUAAGACUAGUAUAAAUCUUUCUUUGGAUAAAAGUAAGUCAUUCUUUGGUUCACAGCCGAAGAUCGUGAGGCGCAUCUUCACCAACAGCCGUGAACGCUGGAGGCAGCAGAACGUGAACGGUGCAUUUGCUGAGCUACGACAACUCAUCCCAACUCACCCUCCAGAUAAGAAGCUGAGCAAGAACGAGAUCCUCCGUCUGGCCAUGAAGUACAUCAACUUUUUAGCCAAGCUGCUGAACGACCAGGAUGAUGUUAUGGGCAGCGAGACCACGGUCCGGGCAUGUGAUGGAGGUCUGGUCAGGGAAGACCUUUUGCAGGACAUGCUGAGUCCAAACUCGAGCUGCGGGAGCCUCCUGGAUGGAGAAGGAAGUCCAGACAGCUUCACCGAAGAGCAGGACUCAUCAGUGGAGUCCAGACGAGGACUGCACCACUCAAACAUGACUUUGGACUCUAGUAACCAGCGAUGACUGUGCAUUAACAGAAAUAAGAGACUGGAGUGAAUACAGUGCUUAAUAGAAGACCAUGGACCUGCUGUUAUGUUUAUGUGGUCAGUCAUGACUCCCCCUUACUUUAUUU